AUGGCUGCCAGAAAGGUCGUUGUUAGCGAAAUUUUGUAUUUUUUAACUAAUAAUAUUAAUUUGCUCGAAAAUGAAGUGUAUAUUUGUAAUACUGCUGAUUUCUAUACCAAUGACGAUAUUGUAGCUGCUUCGAAAAUUUUGAAAAGUGAGUUCGUUAACCUGAAAUGUGAAAAAAUUGAAAAAUUAUUAACAAAUGGCACUCAAAAAAAGGACAAAUUGGUGGAUUGCAUUGAGCUAUUGAAAAAUAUGGUAGCAGCUAACAUGUUGGACAAGCUCCCUUUAUUUGUCAGCUCAAAUAUGUCCAAGAUACCUAAUUUCGAAAAAUGUUUUCAAAUAAAUUUUGAAAUAUUGAAAAACGAAGUUAGAGACAUGUUGAACAAACAACAUGUUAAUAUCUCAGCUUUCAUUGAAAAGUGCAGCGAAGAAUUUGCCGCGCUGAAAGGGAAAACAAACUAUGUAGAGUGCAAUUUAAAAG